UGUGUGUGUGUGAAGCGUGAAAAAAACAGCCGGCAAAAUUGGUUUUUGUUUUCGCAUGUGAAAUUAAUUGACCAGUGGCCGUGCUUCGUUCUGUAUGUGUUGUGGUCAGUAAAAGUAACUCUAUCGCGCAAAACAGUUAACGAUGCGCUGAACAUUGACAAUUAACGUAAAAGCCACUGCCGCCAUUCAGUCAAUUGCCACAACAACAAUUAGAACAGUGGCGCCGUUGCUGCCGUGUAAACCAUAUUCAUUUAUAAGAGAGACACUCUCGCGACUAAAAUAGACAACGGAGCACGUGCGUUACGCCUGGAAUAUACAUAUACAUACACAUACAAAAAGAUGCAGCGCUUGUGGCGAUUGUUGCAUUGGCGGUACCUGACACGGGAGCAAAUCAAUGGCUUUGACAAUUACAAGUACAGCGCCAUAGACACGUCGCCGCUCAGCCAAUAUGUAAUGCAUCCAUUUUGGAAUUGGCUGGUCAAGUUCUUCCCGCGCUGGUUUGCGCCCAAUCUGAUGACCUUUCUGGGCUUCCUGUUCAGCGUGAUGAAUCUGGUGCUGCUCUCCUACUAUGAUUGGAACUUCGAGGCCAGUUCGGGCGAGGAGGGCACCACACCGAUACCCAAGUGGGUGUGGCUGAGCGCAGCAAUCAACAUAUUCCUGGCGUACACGCUGGAUGGCAUUGAUGGCAAGCAGGCGCGUCGCAUUGGUCUGUCCGGGCCGCUGGGCGAACUGUUUGAUCAUGGCCUGGACUCGUAUACGGCGAUGAUCAUACCCACAUGCCUGUACAGUAUCUUUGGACGCAGUCGGGUCUAUUCAGUGCGGCCGAUGCGAAUGUAUUACGUUUGUCUAACGGUCUAUUUCAAUUUCUUCGUGUCGCACUGGGAGAAAUACAACACGGGCGUAUUGUAUCUGCCGUGGGGCUACGAUGUCAGCAUGUGGGGCAGCACGGCCAUGUAUUUGUUCACGUGGUGGGCCGGCUUCGAGCGAUGGAAAUUCGCUCUGCCAUUGGGCCCGCUCGGCAGCCUGCCUUUGGGCAAUGUUAUGGAAGCGGUGCUGCAUAUCAGCGCCAUGGCCAAUCUACCUCUAGUAGUUAUCAAUGUCUACAACUCAUAUAUCAAGCGCACCGGCCGGAUGCUGUCGGCAUGGGAGGCAGUGCGUCCGAUGUGGCCAUUCGUGACCUACUUUGUGCUGCUGUUGCUCUGGCCAUUUUUAUCGCCCAAUGAUAUUAUGGAAAGGGAUCCGCGCGCCAUGUUCAUGCUAAGUGGCACAAUCUUCUCCAACGUCAGCUGCCGCCUGAUUGUGUCGCAGAUGUCACAGACGCGGUGCGAGGCCUGGCACUGGCAGACGCCCAUGUUCGUGAUGUCCUUGCUGAUGAGCCUGUGGCUGCCGGUCCUGGAACGGCCGUUGCUCUAUCUCCUGCUGAUCGUGACCACCUUGACCCACUGGCACUACGGCGCCAGCGUCGUCAAUCAGAUGUGCGAGCACUUCAAUCGGGUUUGCUUCACAGUGCAUAAGCGCGUGACGCAUCUGGAUGUGACACAGCAGCAGCAGCAGAAGACGCUGCAGGAGCAGCCUGAGGAGCAGCCGAGGACAACAGCGAAACAGGAUUAGGCUCAACUGGAUGUUGGUGAACUGUUUAACGUGAUCGAGUUGCAUAUUUCUGAUGGGCAUCGAUCAGCUUGGAGGCUUUUUUUUCAUGACAAAUCACGGGAGAUUAUACAGAUAUAUACAGAUAUAUAUAUAUAUAUAUAUGUAUGUAUUAUAGUUAGCGCUUCUUGAACAACACAAAAAUGCUCAGGUAACAGAAAACACGAAGAGUUUGCUUGAGUUGCACUCAAUUAUCAGUUACUAUCGCUAUCUGAAGUAUUCUUAAAUUCAAUUGUAUUAUUCCUUCUAGUAUCUAUUUAUGAGAGAAAUCUCAUCUCUGGCAAGUUAAAUAUCAAUCCAUGACAAGUCUUCGCCAAGUAUUCAAUUCAGUAAUCCCCAUCUGCAGUUUAGUUUUCAAUCCUAUUUUACAUCACAGUCAUUUUGGGGGACAACACGAAACUACUGAAACGACGCUCGCUUCCUAUAUCAUAUAAUAAUUAUUCAUGUUCUUACUCGUAAAUUGUCUACAUCAAUCUAUAUAGGUGUAUAUGUAUAUGUGGAUCUAAUGGCAUACCUUACAUGUGCUUAAUUUAUUUUGUAUUAUUUUUGAAAUUGUUUUAGUUCAAAUUGUUGAGAUUGUGCGAAAGGGCCAAUUGAAAUUUUAAUUCAUGCAAUUCUUAGCUAAGAUAUAACCGCCAAGACCUCUAAUUAUUUAAAUGCAUACUAUGUAAUUAUUAUUUUAAAGCAACACACACACACACGCAUAUGUAAACUUCAAACUAUGAAUGCUUAAUUAUAUUAUACACGCAUAUAUUUAACUGUAAAUGUCGCUUCCCUAUCCUCGAAAACUGUGCGAACAGCAAACAACAAAGACAAAAACCACUUAAGAAAUAAAU